GCCAAGAGCGGCCGCCGCCUCUGCCGGAGGAGCCGCGGGGCCGCCACACUCGCCCCCCGCCCCCCCGCGCUCACUCGCACUCACACCCGGGCGCAGGAGGCGGGCGGCCCGGGCCCCACCGGCCCCCCAUGGACGCCCCCGGCACGGGGCGCUGAGACCCCCGCGUCGCUGCCCAGCCCGGUCCAGCGCGCCACGCCGAGGGACCUCCGGACAGGACAAGAUUCCGAAGCUACUCCCCCAGCCCAGGACCCCCCCCACAGACUCAGCUUGCCCCCCAGCCCUACCACCUGCCACUCCCUGGCCCCCUUCUCACCGCCCGCUCCCCCCUUGGGGUGCAGGGCAUGGUGUGAAAGGCCAAGUGCUGAGGCGGGCACCAUGGGUGCUGUGCCCUAGGGCCUGGGUGGCGGGGGGUGGGUGGCCUGUGGGUGUGCCGGGGGGGCCAGUGUGCCCACCCCAGUCUCUUGGCGUGCUGGAGGGCAUCCUGGAUGGAAUUGAAGUGAAUGGAACAGAAGCCAAGCAAGGUGGAGUGUGGGUCAGACCCAGAGGAGAACAGUGCCAGGUCACCAGAUGGAAAGCGAAAAAGAAAGAACGGCCAAUGUUCCCUGAAAACCAGCAUGUCAGGGUAUAUCCCUAGUUACCUGGACAAAGACGAGCAGUGUGUCGUGUGUGGGGACAAGGCAACCGGUUAUCACUACCGCUGCAUCACUUGUGAGGGCUGCAAGGGCUUCUUUCGCCGCACAAUCCAGAAGAAUCUCCAUCCCACCUACUCAUGCAAGUAUGACAGCUGCUGUGUCAUUGACAAGAUCACCCGCAAUCAGUGCCAGCUGUGCCGCUUCAAGAAGUGCAUCGCUGUGGGCAUGGCCAUGGACUUGGUUCUAGAUGAUUCGAAGCGGGUGGCCAAGCGCAAGCUGAUCGAGCAGAACCGGGAGCGGCGCAGGAAGGAGGAGAUGAUCCGAUCACUGCAGCAGCGACCGGAGCCCACUCCGGAAGAGUGGGACCUGAUCCACGUUGCCACGGAGGCCCAUCGCAGCACAAACGCCCAGGGCAGCCACUGGAAGCAGAGGAGGAAAUUCCUGCCGGAUGACAUUGGCCAGUCACCCAUCGUCUCCAUGCCGGACGGAGACAAGGUGGACCUAGAGGCCUUCAGUGAGUUUACCAAGAUCAUCACCCCGGCCAUCACCCGCGUGGUGGACUUUGCCAAAAAACUGCCCAUGUUCUCCGAGCUGCCUUGCGAAGACCAGAUCAUCCUCCUGAAGGGGUGCUGCAUGGAGAUCAUGUCUCUGCGGGCGGCUGUCCGCUAUGACCCCGAGAGCGACACACUGACGCUGAGCGGGGAGAUGGCCGUCAAGCGGGAGCAGCUCAAGAAUGGCGGCCUGGGCGUCGUCUCCGACGCCAUCUUUGAACUGGGCAAGUCACUCUCUGCCUUUAACCUGGACGACACGGAAGUGGCUCUGCUGCAGGCUGUGCUGCUAAUGUCAACAGACCGCUCGGGCCUGCUGUGCGUGGACAAGAUCGAGAAGAGUCAGGAGGCGUACCUGCUGGCGUUCGAGCACUACGUCAACCACCGCAAACACAACAUUCCGCACUUCUGGCCCAAGCUGCUGAUGAAGGUGACUGACCUCCGCAUGAUCGGGGCCUGCCACGCCAGCCGCUUCCUCCACAUGAAAGUCGAGUGCCCCACCGAACUCUUCCCCCCACUCUUCCUCGAGGUCUUUGAGGAUCAGGAAGUCUAAAGCCUCAGGCGGCCAGAGGGUGUGCGGAGCUGGUGGGGAGGAGCCUGGAGAGAAGGGGCGGAGCCGGGGGCUGAGGGAGACCCCCACCCCUCUUCUCUCCUUCCUCUGGUCCUCGGAUAGAGUCCGCUCCCACACACACCCCCGCACUGCCCCGUCCCUCCUCAGACCCUCCAGCCCUGGGACAGGGCAAACCAAUGAACUUGCUAUGACAAGGACAGUGUGGGAGGCGGGGGGACCGUGUCCUGCAGUGCCCGGGACCCCCGUCCUCUAAGAAGGUAGGAGAAGGGAGGGAGAGCUCAGAGGGGACGAGCCAUCUUGACCGUAGGGGAUGGAGGACCGUGGCGGGGGAGAUGCCCUCAACGCACCCCCCUACACACACACACACAUACACACACACGAGAGAGAGCCCCCCGCCCAGUUUCUUGGCCGAGGUUCCCCUCCAGGCUAAGGGCCUCUCGGCUUCCCCAGAUGCCUGGGUGCAAGGAAGGGCUUGGCUUGGCUCCUCCCCUGGAGGUUAAAAAUUACAGUCAUUCUAACUGCACUUUGGAAACCAGGCAAGGGGAGAAGAUAAAUGAAGAAAUACUAGACAGAGAAAAAAGAGAGAGCAAGCGACUGAUAGAGAGAGAGAUGAUAUUAAGUUAUUAACUGAGGCUGGCCAGAGGGGACGACCCCCCCUCCCACCCCAAGCACUUUGAGAACUGCCCCUCCUCCCCCCAAAUCAGAGAGAACUGCCCCCCCUCCGACACCAGGUCCCCAAGGGUAGGGCUGCCGAUCAGAGCUGUGAGUUACUCCAACAGGGUCCUGGCCACCCCCACCCCCCUGCCUUGCCCCUCCCUCCGUGCCCCUUUGGCACCCCCCCUACCCCAGUACUCCCUCUGCUCUCUGCCACUCGUGCCCGCUGAGUUCCAUCUACCUCUCACGCUGGAUGCCAGCUGGCCCCUCACCAGCCUGCCCUGCUGCCCGCACAGCUCCCCUUUCAAGUGCCCAGCCCCAGGGGCCUCUCCCUGUGCCCCCCCAACCCCUUUCCGCACCUUGGCACCCACACAGGAAAAACUGUGGCUCAGGCUCCCGCCCUCCUCACAUCCUGCAGUAUUAGCUACAAUCCAGAUGCUGCUGCACUGGGGGGCCAGGGAGGGUGUGCGCGAGCUUCUCCCAGAGCCUCCACCCCCUUAGGCCCCUGUUUCCAUCUGUCUGCCGGGCUCUCUCUAACCCCUGCCCUCCUCCUCUCCCGCGCCCACUCCAUGCACUAACCCAGACUCUGGGCGGGCAGGCACCGGAAUGGGGUGCUCAGAUAAAUGGCACUUAGUCGAAGCCCCGGGGGAGGGGGCGGUUGGUGCUCCUCCUUUUUUCCUUUGAAGCUCUUUAGGCCAGCCGCCCCUGUGCCCCUGGGACCCCUCUCCCCUCCUCUCUUCUCUAAUUCAGGGACUUUGGCUUGAGCCACCUCCCACCCUCCUGGUGAGGAGUGCUCUGUUGGUCUGCACUUGGGUGAGCUGCCCUCCUCCUCCUCCUCCCUUUGGCUGUCGCCCCCGCUCCGCAGGGGAGAGAGGGAGGGAGGAGGUAGCCCUCUGUAGGUGGGGGGGGAAGGGAGGGAGGGAAGGGACAGAGCAGACCAGAGGGCCCUGGGCUCAGGGCUGCACAUCGGCAGGGAUGGAUGGGUGGACAUAGAUGCCCCCGGAAGCCAUGGGGAAUGGGGCAGGGGGCGGGGGGAGGGGUGCCAGGGCUUCCUGCGCUUUGCACUAUUGGGGCAAAAAUGUCUUAAGCAGUGGGGAACCUGCCACCCCACCUUGACCCUCAGCCUGCCACAGCCCCCUCCACACGUGCACACACGUGCACAUGUGCGUGCAUACACACAAACACACACACACACACACACACGGGAAGGCAAUGCUAUGCUGCCCAUCAGGGUGUGUUCUUCCCCCACUGUUCAGGUGUUGCGACAGAGGUGGAGGGCCUGGAAGAGCACCCGCUAUCACCUGUGCAUGUGCCUGCCCCGCCCCCCCUUGGGCUCGAGGGCUGCCCGUGCUGUCUUUGUCUGUCUCUAUCCUCUCUCUCUCUCUCUCCUGGGGUACUGAUUCCUGUAUUACUCUAGUCCCAGAUAAGCCCUCCUGUACCCUCCUUCCACCCCGUGGGGGCCCAGUGGAAUUCCUGACCUGUCUGCUGUCUUCCCCCAUCCCUGCAUCCCCACCUCUGCCUCUCCCUUCCCAGUCUCAGCCAUGCACAUGGUGGAGAAAAGGCCCAGAAGAGUCUUGGCCUCUUAACAAGCGCUUGGGAAUCCACCCCCCCCCUCCCCAGUCAUAUGAGCUGUGAUUCCCCUACUCCGCCCCAGAACCCGACCCCUUCCCCCCCCCACCUCGGUGAUGUGGGGGAUGUGUGUGUGUGUGUGUGUGUGUGUGUUUCACUGCGUGAAUGUGUGAGCAAGUACACGUGGUGGGGGCGGAGCCGGGGGGGGGUACUCAGGAGCGUCACGCACCUGCUCUAGAGAGGCAGCCGUCCCAGUCCCUGCUUUGGAAGUGGGGGACAGGGCCCUCUCCUGGGGGCCAUUGGUGCUAAUGAGGGGGAUGGCCUUGACGUGGGUGCUUAGCAUGCCUCCCCAGUAUUGGCCCGGGGCACUAGGGCAGGCAGAGUGGGGCAGUGGGUGCAGUAUUGGCGGGGGGAGGGGCUGCUGGGACUAGGAGAAGGGGGGCCAGGCCAGGACAAAGGGGUGCCAGAGCCAUGACCACUACCCCGCCCCCACCACCCGCCUCUCCAUCUCAGUAUUCCCCCUCCCAUCACUCAUAACACACAUACCUCAUCCAGCCUCCUCCCUGCUCAGACUUGGGGAGGGUGGGGGUGGAGGAGCCCCUACCCCUUCCCCUGGUGGCGGGUCUACAGGGCUGGGAGAGGGCAGGGCGUGUGACAUAGACACCGUCCAUAAGGGGGACAGUAAUUCCUGCCUUGGGAACUCCUGGGCGGGAGGAGGGGGACACUUCCCUGGAGGCGCUACUGAAUGUAUGAGAAGCUGGUGCUGGGGCGGGAGGGAGAGGGGUUGUGGCCAGAAACAGGGAAGGAGGUAGGGCCCUUCCCCGGGGAGGGGUGGGGCCAGUGGGGGUGACUUGCGGGGGGCUCCUACUCCUGCCCCACGUUGACAAUCAGUAUGUCUGUUAUGUGCGAUUUUUCACCCCGUUGUGUUUUGGGUCAGGAUUUUAAAGAAAGAUAUUUUUAUGGUAAUUGUUGCUCGUCUAUUUUACUAUAUAUUUAUGUAAUAAAUAUAUGAUGAAAAUAAUCCCCUUGGGCACCCCCCCUUAGACUUGCGUGCUGUUUCCCAGAAUCCUCCCAUCUGCUGGCAGAGUACCCACCCCACAAACUGACCAGAUGGAGAGGUGUGCCCCCAGCCUUGGCCAUAUUUCCACCCCAUCCCACCCCCAAAACGAGCACACACCACAGAAGCCAGCUCAGCUGUGAACUAUUGGAUUUGAGACAGGAAGAGAACAAGUCGGGGGGGGGGGAGAGGGGGGCGCUAGAGAAUAAGGGGGGGGAGUGGUUUAAAUAGGGGAGGCCCGGGGAGGUUCAGUGAUGGGGGAGGGAGGCAGGUAUUUACAAGAAGGCUCGGGGGGCCAGAGGCUCAUCUUGGAAUAUUUUAUAACAAUAUAAAUAAGAUUCUGGUUUGCUUUUCCUUUUCGUCUCGUAAAGGAGAGAGAAGUGCAGAGUUCGAUUCUGUACAAGGGGGCAGCGGCAGAAGGCCGGCCGGGCGGGUCACUGGGCGUCCACCCGGAAGGACAGCAGCUUCUCGGAAUGCAUGUUGUUCAGGGUCCGCAGGUCCGGCAGCUUGAGCAGCAGCUUGGUGAAGCGGGAAGUCUCCGAGGGCCGGUUCUUCAGCACCAGAGCCCGAAGAGCCCGCAGCAGCGUCUCCUGGAGCUGCUCCACCGAAGCGGAAUUCUCCAUGCCCGAGCGGUCUGUGGGGAAGACGACAGCAGUGAGGCAGGCUCCCUGACCUCCUCUGACGAGGACCCCGAGGUCUGCGAGGACGCGGCGCAGGCGACGCAGCCUCUCCCCGAAGCCCCUCCGAGGGCCGAUGGGGAAGGAGGAGGAGGGGGGUCGUGACUCCCUCUCCCCCGGCCCGCUCCCCCCGCCCCGCGGGGGCCUCUGACCCCAGAGCGGGAGGCGCCCCCGCCAGCUGCUGGGAGUGGGAGCACAGGCUCAGCAGGGCUGGUCCCCUCCCCGCCUCCAGGCCACUCUCCUCCCCCACCCCAACCUGGCCAAACACGCCCCGGCUCCCUUGCUUUUCGCUCUGUCGGCCCCUCCACCUGGGAUGCCCUUCCCCCUCUCUCUGCCUGGCAGUAUCUUUCCGUGUCCUGUGAGGCCCCACUCAAGUGUCACCUCCUUCCCCAGCUCCCCAGGCAGAAAUAGUUGUGUGUGUGCUUCCAGAGCCCUUGGUUCAUGCUUCUACUGUGACACUUAUCUCACUGUUUUAUAAUUAGUUGGGCAUGAGUCUGUCUCCCAAGCUAGACUGUGUCUGAAUCAUGUCUGUAUCCCCAGCGCCCGGUGCGGGGCCUGGCAUAGAGUAGGUACUCCAUAAAAGGUGUGUUGAAUCCAA